UCGAUAAAAUUUCUCUACGUCAAUGUCGACAAUCGUCAACGUUAACAUUACAAGUGUUUAAAGCAAAUAACGUAAAUAAUAAGCAAUAAGCAGCAUAUAUUUGCAUGCUCAAUAGAGACACGAUCUAACAAAAACGGAGUUUUAUUUGAUUGCUGUUCACACGUGAAAGUCACACGUUAAAUCAUAAAAACGAAAUGAGAGCUAUAUUGAUAUUCAACCAUUUAAACGAUGUGUUGUUUGUAAAGUGCAAUAAAAAAUUUGCGAGCCACAUUCUAAAGCUGGCGAGGAUGCAGGGACUCCUUAAUGACGUUAAGUGUAAUAAUGAGUACCUCUUGUAGGAUACCAUGGACUUGGAAAAUUCUAUACCAAAUCCCAACAUCAUAAUGCAGUUGUUUUCACCCAUAGUUACCUCGCAACAUGUAAUGGCUUCACAAUUUGGAAACUCCUAUACUUCUAUGAAAUUCCAAGAUGGAACAAACAUGGUGUUCGAUGAGUAUAUUGGCUAUACUUUCAUACAUAUCGCUGCAAAAGAGGUAGAACUUAUGAGACGUACAUUGGGAGUAUGCGUAUCCAUUGUACGAUAUGUGUGUGGUCCAGACAUUGCAGUAUUAAAAACCAACUGGCAGAAGAUGUGUCUAGUGUCUUUUCUGCUAGAUGCAUGGUCUGAAUUAAGAAAUUGCGAACAAGGUAUGUUGACAGAAGCAGUGGAACAGUUGUCCGUGAAUGCGGAAGUGGCGUCCUCGGUCCUUAAAGUAUUGCACGAUACUUGCGACAAACUUAAAAAUUCACAGCCUGAAUUCAGCAACUUGCACUUGUUGCUCCUGGUGGGAUCCAAGUUCUUAUCACUGUAUUCCAGCAAGAACGCUCAUGAUCUGUGUGCUUCAGACAUUCUGUUAAUGAUCUUGCUGUGCUGGGUGGUGAAUAAAAAACGAAAAUACAAUCGAUCAGAAAAUAACGAUGAUUGCUAUGAUAGUGACAUCUUGUUACCAGAGACCAGUGCUUCAAGAAGUGAUGAAACAAAAUUGAAUUUUGGAGCUAAGCUGGCCGCUCCUACUUCAGAGGAUAUUACGGAUCUCUUUAGAGGUUCCAGGGAAUCGUCUGUGAAUGAGGGCCUCUCAUCCUUAACCGACGAUAAUCUCUACAGCCAAUCGUUUCUUCUUGGCUGUCAGCAUAAUUAUAUGGCUAAUGCAGUUCACAUUUUUGAGUUAUCAGACUCCAUUAAUUUGAUAACAAUCGUCGAAGCUACGAAUCUUUCCAUUUCCUCAGGAUUAUGUGAUAGUUUUCAUUAUUUAAAUCUGAUAAAUAAUCUACAGUUUCAACGGGACAUUGAUGAAUUAAAGCCAGCCUUUGAAAAUCUUGAUAUAGCAAUUAAAAAAGUACUGGAAGGAAUUAAAAAGAAUCGUUCGAACGUCGGAAACGAUGUCGAUAUGUGCCAGAAAAGAUUACAGACCAAAUGGGACUUUUUCCGUAAAAAGUACAACGAUCUUUUACGUUCAAGAGAUCCUGAAGUAAUUCUGCAAAUCGAGGCCAAUACUUCUGGUUUCAUAGAAACUCUGAAAGAACUAUUGCGUCUGACCUGUUUUGAUAGAAACUUCCUAAAACAAGGAAUUGAUGUUUUAACAACAGUUGGCAGGCUCGUGAGACAAAAGUUAAACGAUUUCAGUGAUUUUUUGAAAGUCAAAUCCCUGAAGAACUUCACGUUAGGAUCAAGAACUUCCCUAACUAUCAACAAGUAUCUUGAGGAAUUUCCAGGUUUAGUACAUUUCAUUUACAUCGACAGAAGUACUCACAGACUAGUAGCACCCACACUGGAUUUCACAAGCACAGAAACGCUUGCUCUUACAAUGAAAAAAAUUUGGAACAUGGUCGAGCAAAGCAGAAUGCAUUUACAAGAAGGACAUUUAUCAGUUAUGUGGAAGGACACUACAUUCAAUUAUUCUUACUUUCUAUGGUUUGAGGACAGUUCGGGAUGUUCACCACCGAAAUGUAAAGUCUAUCUUAACUAUGUCAUGAAAAAUUUUCCAGUACCAGGCAUACUUUGCGGAGAUUAUUACAGAAAAUUAACCGAAACAUGUUUUCCUAAACUCUCGCCAAACAAAGUACGAAUUUAUGAACUAUACUGCGUACACUUGGGGCUGACCACGUCGACUUGCGUCCUGGAACAUUCCCGUAGAUUGGCAGCCACCAUCUGGGAAGUCACCGGGGUGCCGAACAAUCUUGCCGAUAUAUUCUAAAAUUGCAUCCUUUCAAAAGUAUUCAUCGGCUUGGUAGAUUUUCAACUUGAUUAUCUAAAUCUUUUGAAUUUUAUUUCGUUAGAUUUUCACAGUCUUAAUUUUAUUAAAUUCUCUAGGAGUAUCUUUUAAGGUAUUUAAAUAUCUGUGAUAUUUAGAUUGUUAGAUUUUCUUUCUUAUAUUUUUCUACAACUUUUAUAUUUCUUUACUUUUCAUGAUUGAAUUAUUUUUCUUUCUCUUUUUACAGGUCUCGUACAAACUUUUCUUUAAAAAUUAUCCAAAAAAUGUAAUAGAAAUGCACAAUUACAAUUGUGACAUUUCACAAAUUUAAUAUUUCCAUAUUAACUAAUAUAAAAUACAAAUGUCAAUAACGAUAAUAGAUUAACAAUAGGAAACUUCCAUUAUUUAAAAUAUAUUUCCUUUUUAUCAAUGCUAUGUAUAUCCUGUUUGCAGUAAAAAAUUAACUAGGAUAUUAAUUAUAGAAUUGUUGUUAUCAAUUGUUUUAUUUAUACAACACAAAAUGAAACAACAAUCAUUUUGUCUUUUAUUUACAAAAUAUCUUUAAUAAUUAGUGCAUAUUAAUUAAAAAACUUAUACAUUUUGUAAUAUAUGUUUAAACUUCAUACAGAUAUUUAAUGGCACAAUAAACAAUAUAAAUCAAAUGACAAACAUGAAAUAA